GGUGUGAGGAUAAAAUAUACUAGACAUUCGAUAGUGUUGCGCUGCUGCUUAACGGUCUGCGCUAAGCUCGUGAGGCGCAACUGUUGUUAGGACUCUCCCAUAAAUAGCCCCGUUGACCAACUUCGUGCCAAGCUCCAACGCUUUCUUAAGACAUUUCGUCUUUCAUCAGCAUACGGCAUACGCUCGAAAGAUGGCAUCGUCUCCCAUGAAUAAAUAUUGGAUUCCGCAUCUAGACAUUCACAAGAAGGUCAUCACCCAGGAGCUCCAAUACUAUCUAGGGCCGGAUGCGACUGUCAGACCGUACACUCGAGAGGGAGCCGAAGGUUACUUGAUCCAAACACCCGGGCCAUGCUUAACAGACGAACAAAUAGACGAUAUCUGCUUAAAAUCGAAAGAGAUGUGGGAAAAGGAGGCGGCAGCGCGCUCACAAUCGAAUCCCGAGAAACCGCUCAAGCGCCCAUUGCAUCAGCCAAUCUUGAUAUCCAGGGGAUCUGCAGAGGGACCGAAGCGCCGCGGAAAAGAUCGAAGGAUUCAUAAUUCUCGCCGACCAUACGAUGACAAGAAAGGUGGUGAAAUGUCCCGGAAAUGAGGUUUAGCAGACUUGCGAACUGUCUGGGGAUGCAGCAGAUC